CCAAGUUAGGCGGAAAUAGAAAGCCGUCUUUUCUCUAUUUAAGCGCGCCAACAAAGACUCACGGGAGGUCUAUUCGUACUUCAUUCACUGAACACCAAAACUGUCCGUUUUCCUCUCGCCAUUGUCUCUAAUAUCGUCCCGUAAAGAUGCCAGAGGAAACGUCCGCCGCUUGCAGCUCCGGGAGUUUGAACUUCUGCAGCGCGGAGGAGAAGCCGUGCUCAUCAUCAGCUGCAGCAGCCACAUCAGACAGCUCUGGCGACAUCAUGGAGGAGGCAAAGAAACUGAUUGGCACAGGAAACAGACAUCUAGUGAUGGGAGAUGUUGUUUCCGCUGUUGCUGUUUUCCAGGAUGCCUGCGGCAUGCUGGCUGCAAAGUACGGGGACACUGCAGAUGAGUGUGGUGAGGCCUUCUUCCUAUGUGGGAAGUCCCUACUGGAGCUUGCCAGGAUGGAGAACAGUGUCCUUGGUAAUGCCCUGGAGGGAGUCCCAGAAGAAUCAGAGGAGGAGGAGCAACCUAACGACCCAAAUAUUGAGAGUGCCAACAACCUUGAUGGAAAAUUGAAAUUCCCUAUACAAAAACGGGGGGGGGAAAUGACCUUCCUGGUCAGAAGAAAUGAUUUGUCAUGUGACACUGGUGCAGAAAAAACUAGAGAUGAGCUACGAAAGCAGGUCUAUGAUGCAAUGGCCGAGCAGGAAAAGACCGAUGCAGCUGACACCAAGCUGAAGUCUGAAGAUCCAAAAAGCACUACUGGGGUGAAAAAAGAAAAUGGCGUGGCAGAUUCCCCAGUAGAACUUGUGAAUGGAUCAGAGAGAGCCUCAGAAUCCCCUGUGAACGGUGAAGAGAAGAAUUCAGUCCAGGAAGCUGCAGUGAAUGGAGUUGAGAAGACCCCAGUUGCUCCUGUGAACGGUGUGGGAGAAAGACCUCCUGGGUCUCCUGGAAAGGAAACUGUGACAGAGAAGGUACAAAUUGUUAAAGAGCAGAAUGGAGAGGCGACCGAGGCAAAGCCAGAGGGCAAGGAAUCCAAGUCAGAGGCUGAACAAGACAAGGAGGAACCAGAGGAUGACGAUGACGACGACGAUGAUGAUGAUGACGACGAGGAUGGAGAGAAAAAUGGACAAGAUAAGGAAGAGGAAGAAGUUGGGAAUUUGCAGUUGGCAUGGGAGAUGCUGGAGGUGGCUAAAUUCAUCUAUAAAAGAAAGGAAAGCAAAGACGAACAGCUGAUGGCAGCCCAGGCAUAUCUGAAACUCGGGGAAGUCAGUGCUGAAUCAGGUAACUACCCCCAGGCACUAGAAGACUUCCAGGAGUGUCUUGCCCUGCAGCUGAAGCACUUACCUCCCCACAGUCGUCUGCUGGCUGAGACCCACUACCACGUCGCUACCACACUGUGCUACAUGGACCAGUACAGCCAGGCCAUCCAACACUACAACAGCUCAAUAAAAGUCAUUGAGACCCGUCUGGCCAUGUUGCAGGAGGUGAUAGAUGCAGCAGAGGGAGCAGAUGGGGCAGCAGAAGAGAAAAAUGAGAUGGAGGAGCUGAAGCAACUUCUGCCAGACAUCAGGGAAAAGGUGGAGGAUGCCAAGGAGAGCCAGAGAACAGCCAGUACUGCCUCCCAGGCCAUCCAGCAGACACUAGGUGGUGCAUCAACCUCAUCAGCAUUCCCAUGUGAAAAUGGGGGCCCUUCAUCAUCUUCAGCAUUUGCAACAGCCAGCCAGAUUUCAGUUAAAUCAUCUGACAGCGCCUCGUCUUCCAAAGCAGUCUCAGACAUCUCCCACCUCGUCAGGAAAAAGAGGAAACCAGAGGAGGAGAGCCCAGUAAAGGACACUGAUGCUAAACAAGCGAAACAGGAAGCCAAAGUUAAUGGCAGCGGUGAAUCUAGUGCCAGCAACGGCAAUGGAGUCCAGGAGGGAAAAUCACAGGAGCCUGCCAACCAGUCAGCAUCUGUCGAGUCUUCAGCAUGACGGUCCAUGCCUCUUUCCUGAUCUUCAAAACCAGCACAGCAUGCCUGUCCAGCCCCUCUCCACCUUCAACAACUUUGUUUUUGUAAAUAAGAUCCAUUUUCAUAGUCUGUCCAGUUUUGUAUACUUGUAGUUAAAAUUAAAAAAAAAAAUUAAAAAAAAUUUAAAUAAAGAAUUU